UUGCAAACAAGGGCAUCCAAAAAAUAUGGUUUUAGAGUUUUUAUUGAGGUUCCUAGUGAUGAUGGAAAACCAAAAUAUUGGAAUUCAUCAGAUAAAGAGAUGCAUAUUGUUUUCUGUUCAAAUAUUUCUAAUGAAUUAAAACAGAAGUUAGUACCUUCAACAAAAGAGAACAUUAAUUUGAAUCAUGCUAGUAAUAAUUCAGAAAGUUUGGUUUUAAGUAAACAUCUUAGGGUUAAGAAUCCUGCUGAACAUCUUGAUACUGGAAUUUCAAGAUAUCUUUUAAAACCCCAACAAAUAUAUGGAUUGAAAAAUUGUGAAGAAACAUUAGAUCUUCUUAAUUAUCUUAAUCUAGCACUUCAACUUAAACAUAAUGCUAUUCCAUCUCAUCAAAUGUUAAGUGGUAAACUCCUUAAUAAUACUACUAAUAAACUUCAGGAUAAGACAUUAAAAACUAUGAAAGAUGCUAAAGCUAUUAUCCUUAUAUUUGAUGGCUGGAAAAACAUAGUAAAACAAAAUAUACUUGGUAUUACCUGUGUUACAGAAAUGAAAAAAGUAAUUAUAUAUGAUGCAAGAAAUAUUUCUGAUAAGUGUGGUUCUACAGAGGCUACAAUAAAGUUGAUAAAGGAUCUAUUAAUUGAGGAUAAAUUAAAAAAUAUUAAUGUAAUCGCAAUUGUUACUGAUUCAUCAAGUAGUUAUGCUGCUGCAU